AUGCCAGAGCUGAUCGAAUGGCCUUGCGACUUUCCUCAGUGCGGUACAUUGGUUCUCAGCGAAGAUGCUAUAUGUGAACUCUGUCAUGAAGUCCGCUGUGUUACCCAUAACACCAAGGAGGAUCACCAUUGCAGAACACUAGGCACGAAGGAACUACGUCGAGAGAAGAAAGUCGAUGCUAAGCGACAAUACGUGCGUACCGAAGAAUCACAAUAA